UUAACCACAAUGAUACGAACAUAAACACCGCUAUAUAUAACAUUUUAAAAGAGCUUCGUGAAAUAAAAGAGCAAAUGCAGAAAAGUGAGGAGUCAAACAAAAAAAUUGUUACCAAGUUAACCGAGGAAAUAAUAUCGUUAAGGACAGAAGUAACGCAAUUAAAAGCACGCGACUUGUUUGAAACAGACCGCUCACUGUUGCCAUCCUUUCCAUUUUGGGAAUUAACUGCUUUAAAGGAUUUUGACGAAAAAUUGUUUUUGGACGACAAGAUGAGAGCUCAGUUGAAAUGCGUGGUACAAAAAAUUGGAGGAGAAGAAGUUCCUGUAUUCGUCCGUUUAGCGUUAAAACAAAUUGUGUCGGAUGAGUUGGCAAUUAAUUUAACUUGGCGUGGGACAUCGGAGAAGCCAAGCAUACAAAACUUUGCAGUUUUUUCCAUCAUAAAAGACGUUUGUCACUCCAAGUUCCAAAAUUCGACAGAUUAUCAAAUUAAUAAAAUUGUCCAACAACAUUUCUUACACGCCAGGGAUAGAGUGCUCAAACGCAAACUUUCAAGUGAAAAUACUCGCGGAAAUUUACGCCUCUCCAAUUAAUUCCUUAACUCGUACACGUAACUAAAUAAUGUUAACAAAUGAUACCUUAACUAAAAAAUUUAAACAAACUGUUUUUCUUGUU